UAUAUGAGGGGUUGUGUGAAAAUUAUUUUUCUCUCGGUGAACCACAAAGACAUAGAAUCAAAGUGCUUCUUUUGGACACACUGGCUUUUUUCUUUCUUUUGGAAAUUAUGGCUAAUAACACAACAAGUUUAGGGAGUCCCUGGCCAGAAAACUUUUGGGAGGAUCUUAUAACUUCCUUCACAGUGUCCAUGGCAAUUGUGCUCGUAAUUGGAGGAUUCGUUUGGGCUCUGUUUGCUUGUUGGUCUCGAAGAAGAGCCAGCGCUCCCAUCUCACAGUGGAGUUCAAGCCGGCGACCUAGGUCUUCUCACACCCAUGGCCUCAACAGAACUGGAUUUUACCGCCACAGUGGCUGUGAACGUCGCAGCAAUCUGAGCCUGGCCAGUCUCACCUUCCAGCGACAAGCUUCCCUGGAACAAGCAAAUUCCUAUCCGAGAAAAUCAAGCUUCAGGGCUUCGACUUUCCAUCCCUUCCUCCAAAGUCCACCACUUCCUGUGGAAACCGACAGUCAGCUGCUGACUCUCCCUUCUUCCCACACGUCCCCCACCAGCAGCGCUGCCCACAGUCUGAGCCGCCCGAAUUUCCACUGGUCCAGUAACAGCCUUCCAGCGGGCUUCGCAACACCCCCGCCACCGGCUUAUGAGUCAAUCAUCAAGGCGUUCCCAGAUUCCUGAGCAGGGUGCUUUCGUUUUCCAUUUGUUUCUUCCUUUCUUGUCUUUUAUUGAAAGAAAAUUAUAAACAAGCUAAACAGAAUUUUGAGGGCAUGGCCCCAGCUAAUGAAUUUCCAAGCUGAAGUAUGCUCUUGCCAGUUGGACAUCGCAAUGUAAAACACAUUUUCUUUGAAUAGAUUUUUUUCCUGUGUCUCAGAAAAAAGCAGUAUUUCUACAAAUAAAUAUUUAUGUAUUUUGUAUUCAAUGUGAGGAUUAUUAAAGAUGGGAUUCUAACCAAAGAAUCGGCUGUGAUACAGUAUAUACAUAUUAGACUAAAAUAAAAACUUCAGGUAUUUCUGGUGUACAAACCUCAUUCACUGUCCAAUGUGACUAUAAAGGGGAAAAAAUAUCACUGUGACACGUUAAAAAAUGUUUCUAUCCUAAGGAAUUUCAAUUUCACUUUUUUUAGAAUGACAAGUGAACCAAUUUUCCAUUUUGGAUUUUUAACGGAUUAUAUGGGCACAAAAAUGACAGAACAGAGGAGAUUCUAAAAUUCCUUGAAUCCACUCAUUUUUGAGAAGUGUGGGAACCAAGCAAAGGAAGCUGAACUCUGUGGCUGUUAUAGGAUACUUCAAUUUUGACACUUAUUUUGUGCUUUUCCCAAGAAUUGUUACCCACACCACUGAAGCAAAAUCUUUGGAUUUCCUAAUAUGAUGAGCUGAUUUUCUUCACUGUUGUAGUUAUGUUGUCAGAAAAGCAACAACAGAAAAUCCAACUCAUUUGACCUAACAACAAACGUUAACAUCAAGCUUGCAUUUUUUCUUAGGGAAUACAUUUCAUCUCUUAGAUUUAAGUCUAGGAAUUGGGAAAGCACUUUAUCCAGGGACCGUCCCCUGUGACCUCACAGACAAAUAAAUAAAGGCAAUGGGGAGCCCGUCUCAUCAGAGUAAGAGGUUGCAACCGUCAAGAAUUCUCCAUCCGGAACGGACUCAUCAGGCAUCAUCCCUUGUUUGCGUCUCUGAAUUUCAACCUCAGAUUCUGUAAAGAGUCUUUGUACAACGAUUAAAGCAUGCUAUAUAAUCCUUGGUGCAGAGUUAUUUAAGGAGUUCACUUCUACAAGUGGCCACCCUCUCAAAGAAAGGUACAUCCCCAUUUAUGGGUACCAGAGAGCUUCAGUGGCCAAAGGUCAGUGACAGCUCCUUUUCAUUUAAGGACACAUAUUCAUUGAAGCGUAACUCAAAAGGCCUGUGGUUCAUUUUUGAUAUAGUGACUAUUUAGCUUAUGCUUCUGUUUCUUUGGUUCUCUGGACAUUGGGAUUUUCAGUGAAGAAAAAUAUACUUUGAUUUUACUUUCUGCAAUUCAGUGAUCACAGCUAAUAGUAUAUGAAUAUGGCUGAAGAAUGUAAUAAUUUUUACACAAUAAGGGAUUCCAUAUAGCAUUUUCUUUAUAAUUUUCAUUUAGCUUAUAUUUUCCACCAUUCCUCAAGGACAAUUAUUCUUAAUAAUGUCUAUAGAUAGAUGCUUUCUAAUGAGAUAUACCAGGAAGGAAGGACGGAGGAAGGAAGGAAGGGGGGUAGGGAGGGAGGGAGGAGGAAAGGAAAGGAAAAAAAAGCUUGCAGGAUAACCAAUUGUUCUAGGUUGGUUUUUAACAAAUUCAGCAAUUAUCAGUCAUGCAAGAUUUCAAAAGAGCACUAACUUAACUUAGCAACUAUCUUUUGUUUAUAUGUCAUCUUUAAUAUUCAACAUGAGAAGUAAGCAAAGUAUAUGGUUUUUACCAAGAAUUUGUACUGAGAAUAAAAACUGCUUUUACAUCUCUCAAUUUAGGAAAAUGGGAGCAGAAAUCCUCUGAUGAAUUUAACCAUCUGGCAGAAUUGUUGCCUUCCCCUUGCCCGAGUUAUAAAACAAUCAAAACAAAUAUCUUAUAAAUAUUGUGCAAUGUAUGAAGUGUGAUUUUAAGGCAAAAACUGGAGACUCUUUAAGUUGUAUUUGUGUUAUCUGAAAUAUUUAGUUGAUUAUGAAAUAAAAUUAAACAGAUCAGUUUUAA